GGACCUUGCCGGGACCGGGACCUCGUGGAUUUCGGGGGGAUGAUUUGUCCCUAAUUUGUCGCCCUGGUCGUGUUAACCUCGCAGUGUCGCUGAGCUGCUCUUGUCUCCCUGCAGGAAAGCAGAGCGUGCGGAUACUCUGAUUUCUCGGCAUGGACGAGGAGCGGGUUUCCAAACGUUUGUACGUGGGGGGGCUCGGCCACACGGUGUCCAAGGCUGAGCUGGAAGAAAGGUUUGGAAAGUUCGGGCGUGUUUUGGAUGCGGAGAUUAUUACCAGAAAAGAUGAUCAGGGGAACCCCAUGAAGACUUUUGCUUAUGUCAGUGUCAGCAUUUCUGAUGCAGAUCUUAGGAAGUGCAUGUCAGUUCUAAAUAAAACAAAAUGGAAAGGGGGGACGCUGCAAAUUGAGCUGGCCAAAGAGAGCUUUUUGCACAGGCUUGCCACGGAGAGGGAGGAAGCAAAGCUGCAGAAAGAAAAGCCACAGAGGAACAACCAGGCCUGUCUGCUGGAAUCGCUGAAGAAGACUGGAGUUGUGGACUUCCACAUGAAGGCAGUGCCAGGUACAGAGGUGCCAGAGCACAAGAAGUGGGUUGUUGGUAAAUUCGGCAGAGUCUUGCCUGUUCUGCACCUCAGGAAUCAGCAAAAAAAUAAAAUUGUGAAAUACGACCCCUCCAAGUACUGCCAUAACCUGAGGAAGCUGGAGCCAGACCUGGCACAGGCAGCUCCCGUGUCCGAGCUCACCUGGCACUUGGAAGGGAGAGGUGACAAUGCCCACGGGAAGCGACCAGCACAGUCCCCUGGGAUAAAGAAACCCCCUAAAAAACUGAGGCAGCUGGGCAGGGAGGCCCCGAGUGGAGCAGCAGUUGUGUCCUCUGGGUGCCACCCAAACCACGCCAGCUCAGCACAGCUCGGUCCAAGAGCAAAGCCCAAAGCCAGUGAUGAGCCUAAACUGCCCCCAUCGAGGAGUCUGCACAGUAAAACACCAGGGAGAGGUUUAUUGUCAGAUCAAAGCAGUGUUAAUGGAGUUGCAGCUCAGAGCAACACCAGUGGUUCUGACAGUGAGGUUGAUUCUGAGGAGGAGAUCAGAGCAAUGGUGAAGAAAGAGACGGAAAAACAGCAAGCUAGGAAUGUUGAGAUGGAAAGUGACCCCUUGGAGGUUGUUGGGGAUGAUUUUGGAUUAAAAUACAACAGUCACUGGUCCUUAUGCAAUCCAGAUGCCGUGAAGAAAGCUAUCAAAGGAAGUUACAAAGAGACUAUGGAACAUGAUAAUGGUUACGAUUCAGCAGAUACAGAUGAAAUUAUUGCUGAAAGUAAAACUCCAGAUCCAAACGGUAGCAAAACUACAACUUCAGAAGAUUCUAAACAGCUGGAGGUGAAAAAUAAAGAAAUAUUAUCUAACAAAAAAAGCAGUUUGGUAAAUGACUCCUCACUGAAAACUCAAAAUGUAAAAGAACAACACAUUGAAAGACAGGGGAAAAUUAAAAAAUCCAAAACUGCUGCCUCACAGAGUUCAGCAGAGACAAGUGAUAGUGAGAGCUCUUACUCAGAAUCUGAGCAAGGGGAGUCUGAAAUCAGUUCUGAUUAUGAGUCCAUGAUGCGAAACUGUUACCGCUUAGACCUUUCCUUAGAUGACCUGAAAGCGUUGGCUGCCAAAAGCACUGGGACACCUGCAGAGGAAUCAGGUGGUGCACGGAGUUCUGGUCUGUCCAGUGCUGAAGAAAAUCCUAAGGGAAAUGUAAAUAAACCUAAACUUUCUAAUUUUCACCCUGCAGUUAAAAAAAAAGGCAUCUGUCCUGAAGAUGUGCUGGCUGAUAUUUUAGCAGGGGAGGAGAACGACGGGAGCUCCAAGGGAGAAAAUAAUUCACGCUUGAAGUAUCGGCCCUUCAGGGGAAUGGGGUCCCUUUGUGUAAAAGAGGCAACUAAGGACAGCACUGGGUUAAAGAAGGGGUCUGUGGGAAGUUUAGGACUAGGAGCUUGUGCAUCUUAUUUUGGGGAGGAGUCAUCUGAAAGACAGCCCAGGAACCAUCCACUGUGUUCACCUGAAGUCAGCAGUAAAGAGAGACAAAACGUGCCUUGUGAGCAGCACGAGGCACUGUCAGGUGCUGCCUCCUUGGCAGAGCAGAGGCACCAGCCUGUUCCCAGGCCACGUUUACAAGGGAAGAACAAAGGUGGGAACUCUCUCCAAGGCCAGAGUUCAGAGCAGGGAGCUGCCCGUGCCAGCCCUGCUCAGAGUGACAGCGGGAGCAGUGACAAGGACGCCAACGCUGCAGGGGCCCAGAAACACUUGAAACGGCAACAGAAGAGCCCAAAACUGCUUUCCAAAAAACUGAAGAGGAAUGCAAGCAAUAAAAAUGCAGAAUGUGAAGCUAAUGAAUGUGGGAAGGGGAAGGCUAGCCUGGAAGAGAAGGAGCUUUGUCCUCGUGCUGCUGCCUCAAAGGAACCUGCGACAGAUAAACAGGUGCAGGACAACCAGAGGAGGCUGGCAGCUCUGGAGGAGAGGCACAGGGAGAGAGAACUGCAGAAGAAACUCAUUCAAGGAGCUCUUUCAAAUCUGGAUAGCCAGGCAGCAGGGAGGCACAAACACAUCAUAUUCAAUUCAGAUGUGGAAGAUGAGGCUGAAGUGGGUGAGAUGUUGAAAAAAGAUGGAAGUUUGGGAAAUACACAUGGACAAGAUAAAUCUGCUCCCAGACCUUCAGGCAAACUGUUUGACAGCAGUGAGGACGAGCAGGACGAGACGGACGAGGAGCGAUUCAAAAUUAAGCCCCAGUUUGAAGGCAAAGCUGGGGAAAAACUGCUGAGGCUGCAGUCCAGAUUUGGCACCGACGAAAGGUUCCGCAUGGACGCUCGAUUCCUGGAGAGUGACAGUGAGGAGGAAGAGACCAAGAGCUUGAAGGCAGAUGAGGAAGAGGAGCUUGCUGCAGAGAAAAAGAAAAAUCUGCAAAUACUGGGAAGCCUCUUGAACAUCAACCUGGAACAGCCUAAGCCAAAUAAAACAGCCACAAGUGCCAAGAAAUUCAAAGAUAUUAAUGCUCUCCGUUACGAUCCCACGAGAGAGGACCACGCAGUUUUUGAAAAGAAGCCAAGUGCUGCAGAAAAGGAGAGUAAAGUUAAAAGGAAGAAGAAGAAGGAGGAGAGUGAGAAACCACCUCAAGUGUCUGAGAAAAUCUAUUAUGACAUUGCUGCUGAUUUAAAAGACUUGUUUGGAUUCUCAAAGAACAAAUCAGAAAAAAAGGAGGAAAUACCCUGGGACAAAGAUGAUGCAGAGGACUCUGCCUCACCUGACCAUUUGGGACCUGCAUGUGGGAGUGAUGCAGCUGAGGAGCUGGGUGGCUUCAAGUUUUCCUUCUUUGGAGACACAGAGAAGUCGAGCGUCAAGGAAGAGCCCUACGUACUUGAAACAAUAAAACCUGUAAAAGUCACAUGGCAAGAAGAUCCACGUUUCCAGGACAGCAGUUCUGAGGGUGAUGAUGAACCAGAGGCAUCAGAAGUCGAAAAGGACCAAGAAAUGUUUAUUUCUUUACCGCACAGAGAAAGUACAAGAUUUUUCUUCUUCUCCAAAGAUGAUGAACGACUGAGAGAGGGCCCCAAGUUAUUUUGUAGAUCAGUAGAUCUCAGUGAAGAAAAAGAUGGUUGGGAAGACAGACGUAGAUUAUUGCUUGAGGAAUGUCGGAAGAAGCACAAGGAUGCCAAAAGGAAAGUGAAAGCGAAACAAUAAAUAUUUUUUACUUUACUGAUCAGAAAUGUUGCAUCUUUGUUUCAUCUUUGAAGAAGCUACAAAACAGUGUUACUUUCAAAAUACUUUCAGAAAUCUAAUAGAAAAUAAUAAUUUUGGCAAAAAACUACUCAGACUUUGUUUCUACAUAGGAACAUGUUUAUUCUGUCAGUUCAGUGUUUAUACCAAGGUCUGGGGUUUUGUAUAUGUGUGUACAUGUAUAUAUAAAAAUAUAAAUAUGGUUUAAAUGUGACUUGCUGCUUUCUAGGAUUUUUGAUAAUUAGAUCAUGUAACAAAGGCAUUCUGCUGUGUCCUGUGGCCCCAGUGCUGAACAGGGAUGAGAGAGAGCAGAUAGCUCUGUGUCUGUAAGACUGUAUAAAUUGUAUUCUUCCUAAUACAACAGAGAUUAUAUUUCAGAUUCCUUUACAAAUAUUCAGAAUGUGGUAUUUGCAGGGUCAAAGUGUCUCAGAAGUUAAUGAAAAGACAUACAUAACAGGGCAGACUUAUGAAAUGGAUAAUUUGUUUACAGAGCUGAUUUUUUACUUUUUUACUGAGUUUGUAUAUUAAUAAAUAGAGAGGACAGGUGUUGUAUUCUUGGUAUUGAAUGAAUAUUUAUAUGUUAUGUCCACCUAGACCCUAUGCUGCAUGGGGUCUGCUGGAGCAGGCAGGCUCUGCCAAACCCACUCUGGGCACCCCUGCCAGGCUGAGGGGCACCAGGGUGCUUUACCUCUUAACCUAUGCCCAGACCAGAAAUUUUAAGAGAUACUAAUGUGUUUAAAUAUAAUAUUAGUAAUACUGUCCACA